UCAAGACUUGUCCUGAAAAUGCAUGAUAACUAAAUACAUUGUGUAAUAUGAAAUAUAGUAAGAUGUAUGUUUAUUUUAGUGGUUUAAUUAUUUUUUGUUAUAGGGUUUUAUUUACUUCUCGAUUGUAUUUGAGUUUGCGUCUUAGCCUGUCUCACUUGAUGAUUUGUUGCAAUAAUGAAAACUAAUUUUAUAUAUAAAAUUGACUAUUAAAUAUAAUUUUGUUAUUUUUCAUAUAAUGGUACUUUAGGUUCUACAAAUUAAUCAAAACAACCGAGCCAAUGGUAGUUUACUAAAUCAUUGUUUUUCUCAAAAGUGUUGUAAAAUAUCAACAGUAAUUUGAAAUAAUUCAUUCUCUUUUUUUUAAUAUCAUUAUUUUAUAUAUUAUAUUUUAUGUAAUACAUUAUUACAUUAUUUGCCCCCGAAUUGUUUUUUUUUUUGUGGAAUGUUUUAUUUUAAUAAUUUAUCUUCACAGAGAUUUUUUUGCACACUGACCAUGCAUUGAUACUUUAUAAUAUUUUUAUUUUGUUUCAAGCUCCAAAGCAGACAAAAAGCACAUUAAAAAUAGUCCAUAUAAAUCUAGCUGGUUAUUGACUGAAAAUCUCCCAUAUACUUUAGCUCUUAAAUAAAAUAUAGAUUGACAUUAAUUGUGGUUACAAGACACACAAGAACCAAUGGUUAUUGGCAUCAAUGACAUUUCCAUUUUUUAAAAAAAAUCUAUAAUAUAAUAUAAAGAUGUGUUCCACAGAAAAACACAACACAGGUUUGGACAUGAGGUCAUUUCAAGAAAGAAAGUCGCCAUGCUGGGAAAUAAAAGACGUAGGAAACCUCUGCAGGACGCUGAGCAUCACAUUACCUGUAAAACUGACAAGCCUGGGCUUCGAGAGCAGUUCAUCAGCAAAUAUAAAGGGCGUGGAGUUUUCACCACUGGAGCUUUUUUCAGAGGUGAUUUUGUUCUUGAAUACAGAGGUGAACUUCUGAGUUCACAGGAGAGUCUGGACCGAACUGAACACUACACUGAAGCUGAGAACACGUUCCUGUUUGAUUUUCAGUGGCAUGGCAAAAAUUGGUGCAUGGAUGCAUCUAAAGAAGACUCGUCUUUGGGAAGACUUGCAAACGAUGAGACCAGAAAUCUUACUUGCAAAAUGAGAACCGUUGAAGUGAGCAGAAAACCUCACCUGUGUCUGUUUGCUGUACGAGACAUUCUACCAGGAGAGGAAAUCACUUACAAUUAUGGAGACUCAGAUUGGCCAUGGCGAGUCAAGCCUUUGAAUAAAGCAUCAGCAGAAUCCACUGAUAAAAAGCCAGCCAGCAGUUUGCGCCUGCAUAAAUCCUCCCAUUGUGCAGCUUCUGUUUCCUCUCCGGAACUGGACAAGGUAAACAGCAAUGGUCCUCAUAAGCAGUCAGGCAAAGCAAGAACAUCAAGGAAUAAAACGGCGGCCAGUCUCUUUUUUUCUGUAGCCACUCCAAAGUCCAAGUCACCCACGUCACCUUCAACCUCGCCUGUGCAGCCCUCAUCAUCCUCGCCUGCCUACAGAGGAGGAGAGUGCAUCAACAAAGCUGCUUGCGAAUGUGGCAUAAAGAACCCUGAAGCACUGUCAUCAACUAGGCUCAGGAAACACAUAGCAACCAUGUCUAAAAUUCUAAACCUUAAUGAGAAUGAAGCAGACCAACUGGCUGAUUUCCUUGGUCAUGAUAUCAGAAUCCACAGACAGUAUUAUCGGUUACCAGAGGGAACACUGCAGCUGGCAAAAAUGAGUAAAGUCCUAAUGGCCAUGGAGAAAGGAACACUGUCUGACUACAAAGGAAAGAAACUUGAUGACAUUGAAAUCGACCCAAAUGAGCAACUUGAGGCCCAAGGUGAUUCCAUGUCAAGUGAUGAGGAGGAUUCCAGUGACCUAUCUCAGUCAACAGCACCAGUACAUUUACAUUUACAUUUUUUUGUAAAUGUAAAUGUAAAGACUGAUCAACCCGUUCAAUCUGAUCAAGCUGUUUCACAGGAGGAUCAAGGUUCUUCAAAUGCUCCAAAAAAGAAAUGGGAGGACAGUGAGGUAAAAGCAGUAGAGAGACACAUGAUGAGUUUCAUCAAGACAUGCAAAGUUCCUGGUAAGCAAGACUGUGAAAGAUGCAUUCACGCAGAGCCAGAAGCUUUGAAGCAGCGAACAUGGACUGGAAAUGGAGCUAAAUUAAAAGAAAUGAGGAUAAAGGUGUAG